UGUUUGGAGCACCACUGGACAACAGUUGACCUCUCGCCUCUUGUGGCCAUGUCCGGGCUGCCGCGGAACCUGCAGGACACAGGCGCCGGGGAGGAGAGCCUGGCAGUGCUCACGCGGGAGUUGAUUCUUCUAGCAGAUCUGCACCAGUUGGAGCUGAUGCGGGCCUUGCAGCAGCACCAAGGCCUGGUGGAGCAACUUCUGCCGCAGCGCGGGGAGCAGUCGCCGCCCCUUUUGAGCAGCAGGGGCAGCGAGGAUUACCUGGAGGACCAGCCGCCUCCGCCGAUGAGCCCGCGCCGGCUGGAGAUUCCGGAGCGGGCGGAGAUAUCGGAGGCCAUUGCUCCACGCUACCCCACGGACAGCGCGACGGUGACGAGUUCCAGCGACUUGCCCGUGGCUACCAAGAAAACAAUUCGAUCCUCCACAGCCGGUGUUCUGCGGGGGAAGUCGAAGAAUCAAAUGGAUGCCGAGUCGCAGGACACCACCUUCGUGGACACUUUUGCUGGUGCAGCUGUGCUGCUGAACGCCCUGGUCAUGGCCUUCGAGCUGGAGUGCCAGGGUCACCAGGUGGGGGAGCAGGUGGGCAUCCCCGACAGCAUGGGCUGCACGGAUGUGGACCCGCUCUUUAAGAUCUUGGAGCACGUUUUCACACUCACCUUUGCCCUCGAGUUGAUCUGGCGUCUCGCGCGGUUUAGGUGGUCCUACUUCAACGAGUGUUUCAACAUCUUCGACGCGCUGCUGGUGAGCUUGGGCUGCCUCGACCUCUAUGUGCUUUCGCCCUUGGCCUCUGGGAACCUCGGGCUCAUGCGAGUCCUGCGGGUCAUCAAGCUGGUUCGCACGGUGCGAAUCGUCCGGGCGCUGCGGCUUUUCCGAGGCUUCGGGAUACUUCGGGGCGCCGGUUUGCGGCUGCUGGUGCACGCGUGCACCUCCUUCCUGCCUGCUUUGGGCUGGUCUAUGGCGCUGCUGUCCUUGUGCAUGCUCGUCGGGGCCAUUACAAUGGCGAGCCUGCUGCAGGAUUUCAUCAAAGACUCGACGAACCCGCUGGACGAAAGGACCUGGAUGUGGCUCCACUAUGGCACAGCUUACCGGGCGGCUUUGACCAUGUACUAUAUGACCUUCGCAGGCAACUGGCCUGUCUACGCACGACCAGUGCUGGAGAAUGUGAGCCACGCCUUCGUCAUCUUCUACCUCGCCUACAUUACUCUCAUUGUUUUUGCGGUCAUCCGCGUCAUCACGGCGAUUUUUCUGAGUCAGACCCUGGAGGCAGCCAGCAGCGAUGCGGAAAUGAUCAUCCAGGAGCGGCUUCGAAAGAAGGCGGCCUUCAUCCGCAAGUUGGAGAGCGUGUUCAACGCCAUGGACGAGAGCGGAGACGGCGUCCUCUCAGAGGAUGAGAUGUCGGAGCUGCUGAGGGACCCCAAGGUCCAGGCGUACCUCGAGAGCUUGGAGGUGGCGGUGCCGGAGAGCGAGGCGCUCUUCCGGCUGCUGGCCAACGGCGAUGGUCUCGUGACCUACGACGAUUUCAUCGAGGGGAUUUUGCGGUGCAAGGGCCCCGCGAGGGCUAUGGACCAGAUCGUGCUGCAAGCCGACGUGAAGGCUCUCAGCGUUGCCUUGUCGAACUUGGCGAGAGCUCUCGAGGACGCAAAGCUGCUGAAGGUCGGCGCGGCGCGGCAGUGCCGCCGCAACAGCCGGACCAAGAGCCGCUUCGUGGAUGAGCUCACGCUCAUGCAGGCCUCCAGCUGGCUCUCGGGCAGCCACGGCAAUCGGACAUAGCGCCCAUCUAGCGCAGUUGGGUCGCCGUUUUCGGCGUCGGCCUAGUCGACUCCCGGUCCCUGCUUGGUGCCUUUUUGGUUGUGUCGCCCAGAGGGGUUCAUUUUUUGUUGGAG